GGCUUAUACGUGUCUAAAGGGGGGGCUAUAGCCAGCAUGCCUCAGCUAAACAGCGGUGGGGGGGACGAGCUGGGGGCCAACGAUGAGCUGAUCCGGUUCAAGGAUGAGGGGGAACAAGAAGAGAAGAGUCCCGGGGAGGGGUCUGCAGAGGGGGAUCUGGCAGACGUCAAGUCAUCGCUGGUCAACGAGUCGGAGAAUCACAGCAGCGACUCAGACUCGGAGGUGGAGAGAAGACCACCUCCAAGAGAGAGCUUUGAGAAACCCAGGGAUUACCUGUCUGAAGCAUUCAGGAGGCAGCACCAAGAUGCAGCUUUCUUUAAAGGAUCACCCUACGCAGGCUACCCAUUUCUGAUGAUCCCUGACCUUGGCGGCCAUUACUUGCCCAACGGUGCCCUUUCGCCCAGUGCCCGCACGUAUUUGCAGAUGAAAUGGCCCCUCCUAGAUGCCCCCAGUACUGCCGGCUUGAAGGAUGCCAGGUCGCCAUCACCUGCACACUUGUCAAACAAGGUGCCAGUUGUCCAGCACCCUCAUCACAUGCACCCUCUAACACCCCUCAUCACCUACAGCAACGAUCGCUUCUCACCAGGAACCCCUCCUGGACACUUGUCUCCUGAAAUAGAUCCAAAGACCGGAAUCCCGCGUCCACCUCACCCGUCGGAGCUUUCUCCUUACUACCCGCUGUCCCCUGGAGCUGUAGGACAGAUCCCUCAUCCCUUGGGCUGGCUGGUUCCACAGCAGGGUCAACCCAUGUAUUCAAUCCCUCCUGGUGGAUUCAGGCACCCAUAUCCGGCACUGGCAAUGAACGCCUCAAUGUCCAGCUUGGUUUCCAGUCGUUUCUCUCCCCACAUGGUGCCCCCACCUCACCACGGCUUACAUACCUCAGGGAUCCCUCACCCUGCCAUUGUCUCCCCAGUUGUAAAGCAGGAACCGUCCUCUGGAAACCACAGUCCCAAUCUCAACACGAAAUCCGGCGGUCAAGUUAAGAAAGAAGAGGAGAGGAAGCCGCAUAUUAAAAAGCCGCUGAAUGCCUUUAUGCUGUACAUGAAAGAGAUGAGAGCCAAGGUUGUAGCAGAGUGCACCCUGAAGGAGAGCGCAGCCAUCAAUCAGAUCCUCGGCCGUCGGUGGCACUCUUUAUCGCGGGAAGAACAGGCCAAGUACUAUGAGCUAGCCAGGAAAGAGAGGCAGCUUCACUCCCAGCUCUACCCAACAUGGUCGGCUAGAGAUAACUAUAAUGGAAAUCUCAUGUUCCAGGGCAAGAGAAAGAAGCGGAAGAGGGAAAAGUCCCAGGAAUCAGAAGCAUGUAAACCUAAGAAGGUGUGUGUCCAGCAUCUCCCUUCAGAGAAGAGCUGUGACAGCCCGGCCUCAUCCCAUGGCAGUAUGUUGGACUCGCCAGCAACACCCUCAGCCGCCCUCGCGUCUCCUGCAGCUCCUGCUGCUACACAUUCUGAGCAAGCUCAGCCGCUGUCCCUCACCACCAAACCGGAAGCAAGAGCACAUUUAUCUCUCAGCCACUCCGCAGCCUUCCUGGCCUCCAAGUCUCCUCCGUCCUCCAGUCUGUCCGGGCACCUGUCAUCCCCUGUCGGAUCGCCGUUACUCUCACGUCCCAUCCCACUCACAUCCUCCAUGUUGUCUCCAUCCGGUGUCUUCCAGUUACCCCUAUUGCAGUCACAGCCCCUCUCUUUGGUGACCAAAUCCAGUGACUGACAUGAGAAAAUCCUAUGGCUGGGAUCAUUUCACGUAAAGGACAUGACAGGAGUUGUACUCUGCAGAUCUGCACAUACUCUGCUCUGCACUAGUAUAUGUAUACUGCUUUGCAGAUAUGGAUAUUGCUCUGCACUGAUUUGGUGUGUGUACAUAUAUAUAACGCUCUGCCAGUGGGGACCACUUUCAUCCUGCUCUGCGAUUCUACUCUUCAGGCAUGGACAAUGCUGUGUUGGAUAUGGACACCACUGAGUAAUGGUGCAGAUAUUUCAUGACAUUGGCCAUAGAGGGCCUGCAUCACUUGACAAGUGACUCAUGUGGUGCGGUGAGCAGGAGCGCCACGGGCUACUUAAGGAACACUUAAUCAGUUCGGUGGGGACACCCAGCUUGCCCGUGCUCUGCAUCAUGCAGGUGGAUUACAGAUUGUACCUCCCUUCCAGCACGCAGCCACUUAGCACAUUGGGCCACAAGUACUCGAACCGCAUACAUUAUUGGUCAAUAUUUGACCUCGCGAUUUUUACGCUUAACUCUGCGGAACGUAUGGAAUUUUUUUUCUUUGAAGUAAAAGUGGAAAUAAUAGGAAAUCCAUGUAUAUUGUACAUACAUAUGUGCCCGGGUAGGGAAGACAAAACAGGUGUGUGCAUUUUACCUUUUGUGGGAGGGUUUCCAUUUCGUAUGUCCUAAGGAAAAGUUAGGAGGAACAAACAAAGUCUUGGUCCUUUUUUAAAUGCUGGUCUGGGGGCAGCAAGCUUUUUUUUUUUAUUUUUUUUUUUUUUUUUAAUUAUAUAAUAUUUUUAUUUUUUACCUAUCUGGCAUUCCCUGGGUUACUAUCACCUAUAUAUGUAUUUUCUCUCUCCCACUUACUCUGAGGAUUUUGUGUGUUUUUUAUUUUUAUUUUCCUUUCCACCUUUUCUCCAUUCCAGUCUUCUAUACAGUUUUAUGUAUUCUUGUUUUUUUCGUUUUUUUUUUUUUUUUUAUGCAAAAGAAAAUUCUUGAAAAAUGUGACUUUUUGUAACAAAAUAGAAAAUAUAUUGUGUUUUAAAAUAUAUGGGUUUGUACUUGUGUUUUUGGUACAGUGUGCAGAGGAGAAGGCUGUGAGUGGUUAAACCAAUGUAGGGUGGGGCCCAGUACAGCUACAUGACAAAGACCUGUGUUAAAUGGAGACAAUUGAAGCCAAAUAAAGCACAUGAGAUGACUAUG